UGGGUGUCGUUAUUAUGCUCGGCGCUCUAGCUAACGGUAUUCGUAGUAAAAUUGUUUCACUGUCCAAUAAUCGUUCGCGCCCGUGACAGGUCGGUCUUAACAACAAAAUAUCGCGGAAACGGGUCGAUGGACAUUUUUUACGUAAAAAAUGUACACCUACGUGAAGCUAUUUAAUUUCCGGAUUAUUUUGGGGAAUUGUGAAAAGCGGAAUAAAUUAAUGCGAAGCAAAAUGUGGUAGCAACUAAAAGCGUAGUGUUUGUUUUUGGAUUCGGUGUUUCGGUCCUCACGAUGGCUACAUCUCCGACUAGUAUAGAGACACAAAUAGACAGUUUCUUGGAGCAAUUCAAGAAGAGUGCGUCAAAAGCUAUGGAAGAGAAAAUGGAAUGGCCCGAUGGUCCCAUACCUGGUUCUAUGGUGAAGUCGAGAAGCAGUUGUUUUACGCUGGAUUCCUCCACCAGCGGUGAGGCGGAGUGCGACUGCGGCGAGGAUGAGGGUCGCAGCAUCGGGGAGCUGCUGCUGCCGCAGUACGCCCUGGCGACAGGGGGUCUGGCGCGCGACAGUCGCCCCCUCAUCACCUUCCCCGACCACAACAACUUCCACUCGCUAUCCGCCCCUGAGUACCGCCGCUUGCUGCUCUACCUCACUUCAAUACCGUCAUUACUGGAAGCAGAAAUGGGGUUUCAUCUAAUAAUAGACCGACGGAAAGACAGGUGGAAUUCUGUGAAAGCGGCUCUACUUAGGAUAUCAGAAUUUUUCCCGGGCAUUAUCCACACGGUGUUCGUGCUGCGACCGGCUAGUUUCCUGCAGAAGGCGCUGUCUGAAGUCAGCAACAAGUUCUUCAAGGAGGAGUUCCGGUUCCGGGUGGUGGUGUGCUCGGCGGUGGAGGAGUUAUACGAGCAUUUUGACAGGAGCCAGCUGACGCCAGAUCUGGGGGGCGAGAUGCAGUACUCGCACUCGGAGUGGAUACAGCAGCGGAUAGCGUUGGAGAAGUUUUCGACGCUGAUGAAGGAUAUCUCCGUAAAGCUGGACAACUUUAUGCACGAGAUAGUGGAUUGUGAUAUGGGCAAUGAUCCAACUCAAACCAAAGAUUUAUUGAACUGUCAAGAAACUAGUUAUAAAGCUUUAAAAAGUGAGCUGUCGUCAGCGACGAGUCAGGGCGAAGAGUUGCUGACCCAAGUGAGGAAACCAAAUCUAACUUAUAAUAUUAUUAGUCAUGUGGCCGCUGUAGAACGGCUUCUAGUACAACUUGAAGAGACUGAAAAACAAUUUGAUAACUUUUGGCAAAAACAUUCCACGAAAUUAAAUCACUGGUUGAAGUUUAGAACAUUUUUAUUGAACUUUAAACAGAUGCAGGCUACUUUAGAUAACCAUUUAAAGACAGCUUGUGAUAUGACGGAAGUUGGUGAAACAGUGAACAGGGUUGAAAGUUUGAUACAAGAGGCUAAAGAUUUUGAAAAACUAUGUAACUCUGACCUUGAUGCAGCUUCUGCUGUUAUUGACGAAGGUGAAAUAUUAAUGAAGGACCCACUUAGCUCUGUAGAUCACAUAGAGUCAAAAUGUGAGGAGCUAAGAAGAACAAGUUCACUUCUCAUUGAGAAAAUUCAAAAAAGAAACGCCCUGUUAGUAAAAGCUAGAGAAUUAAUGGACAGAAUUGAUAAGGCAAACGACUGGUGCGCGACGGGUGUAGAGAUACUAGCUGCGGAGGGCGGACUUGCAGCCGUUGACAAACUUCUAGAAGACGCUAAAUCCUUCGACCUGACCGCACCCGAGGAGUUCAGAGAAAUGCUGAUGCAGUCCGCCACGCAGGAAACGCGGGCGUUAGUUACACAGGUGUCACAACGUGUAGAAGACGUAUGGCUGAUGGUGACAGUAAAGCGGGCGACGCUACAGCGCGCCGCGGCUCGCCCCGCGCGUCCCGUGCACGCCGUCCCGCCAAACUCCGCCGCGCUGCCGCAACAGAUGGAAACAUCCGGGGGGUCGGAGAGCUCGGGCGGCGAGGACGCGGAGGCGCGGCGGUCGCGGCGCGGCCACGUGCUGGCCGAGCUGCUGCAGACCGAGCGCGUCUACGUGCAGGAGCUCGGCUCCAUACUCACCGGUUACAAAGAAGAAAUCGAGAAACCAGAGAACCAGCACAUCCUUCCGGCCGCGCUGGUUGGUCAGGCAGAUGUGCUGUUCGGCAACCUGCACGAACUAUUCACCUUCCAUCAAGAGAUAUUCCUCAAGGACCUGGAGAGAUCCAUCUCCGCGACAGAACUUGUGGCCUUGUGUUUUGUUGAAAAGAGGGAAACCUUCUUCCGCCUAUACAGCUACUACUGCCAGAACAUACCGCGGUCGGAGCGACUGCGGGAGACGCUGGUAGACACCCACCUCUUCCUGCAGGCCUGUCAGACACGAUUGGGACACAAGCUGCCUCUAGCUGCAUAUUUGCUUAAACCCGUGCAGAGGAUCACCAAAUACCAGUUGCUGUUAAAGGAUCUUCUAAGGUACAGCGAGUGCGGGUCCAUGAGUACGGGUAUCCAGGAGGCUCUGGACUGCAUGCUGGUGGUUCUCAAAUGGGUCAACGACUCCAUGCAUCAGAUCGCCAUCACGGGAGUACCGGUGGAUCUCAGUCAACAAGGCGAGCUGCUACUCCAGAGCUCGUUCCUCGUGGUGUCAGAGAACAAGCGAGACCUGCGGCUGCGGCUGCGCCCGCGCCGCCGACACGUGUUCCUGUACGAGAAGGCCAUGCUGUUCUGUAAACCAGCGGCCAAGAACAGCCAUAAUAAGGCGACUUAUCACUUCAAGCAUGAACUCCAGAUGUCACAAAUCGGUCUCACAGAGUCGGUUAAAGGUGACGUGCGUAAAUUCGAGGUGUGGCGGCAGGGGCGGAGCGAGGUGCACACGCUGACCGCCCCCAGCGCGGACGUCAAGCGCGUCUGGGUGGAGCGCAUCAAGCGGGUGCUGCUCGACCAGCUCAAAGAGCUGAAGGGCGAGCGCGUGCGACAGUACGCCGCUAACCACAAAGCGCUCAUCCAAGCCAACUCCUGGGACUCUAGCGGUGGGCCCCCCGUACCCCCCACCAAGAUCCGCGCCGGCUCAUGUGACGCGCACGACGAGCCCUGCUGGUCUACCGACCCCAGCGACGACGAUGAUGAGGAGCCCGACCAUACGCCGACGGUGGGGUGCAGCCUGGUGGCGCUGGCGGAGUACACGGCGGUGGGGGGGAGUGAGGUGUCGCUGCGGGAGGGGCAGCACGCCGAACUGCUCAAGGUGGGCUGCGCCGGCUGGUGGUACGUGCGCAUCGCGGGAGGUCAGGGUGAAGGUUGGGCGCCGGCGGCGUACCUCGACCAGCGCAAGACCUCGCGCUCCUCCAGCCGAGACCAUGGACGUCUGCACGACCACUGAACACCAACGUUGGACAUACACUGUCCAACUUCUGGACUACGAAUUGUCUGUUAGACUCGACAGACUGACUGUCCAAUAACUGGACUUCGAACUGUCUGUUAGACUUAUCUGACUGUCCAACAACUGGGCAGACUGGUUGUGAAUGUUAAUUGUUAGACUGGUCAGACGGUCUCACAUAAUAUGGAAAAUAAAUAGGAAUUAUAUCUGUCGGUAUAGACAAGUAACAAGCUAUAGUAUGUAAAUGGGUAACACUGAAAAAUGUAUGAAAAGAAGAUUAAAUGGAUAGCUCAUAUUAGAUGAUUACAGAAAUUUUGUUCUUAGCAUGGCAAGUGAGGGCAUUAUUAUGUGGCCAGUUGCUUUUUACCAUCCGGCAUGUUAAAAAUAAGGCUUGGAUGAUCAGAAUGAAGAACACCGACAGAGCUAUCCAAAAAUUAUGGUAUACAGUAGUGCUUUAUCCUUUACCUGAUGUCACUUGAAAUGUUCUAGUAAAAUACAAUGGACUCGUUUGGAAUUUAAAUUCCAUAUCUGUUCGAUAAAUGCCAGUAGCUAUAAUGAAUCACUAUUGGUUGAAAUUGAAUUUCGAACAGAUACUGAAUUUGAAUCGAAUAGAAUUUUAAAUGCUUGUGAGGUAAGCUACCCAAUCGUUGGCAUAACAAACGUAAAGAUUAAUUAUUGUAAUGGUUUCUGUGUUCAAUAUUUGGGUGGUUAACCAUUUUGUCCGUAGAUUGUUGUCGAUAAGCGUAAAUUCUCGUUCGCAAAGGUAAAGGUUUUGAAACAGUGCCUAUUAUUUUGAAUAUUCGAUUUUGAAUAGAAUUACUAGGCUACUUUUUUGUAUGUAACUAAUCGAAACGUUGAAAAUUGUUUACCUAGUUAUAUGUUGGCGCGCAAACAGUUAAAUCCAUGAUGGAUCGAAAAUGUUUUGAUUUGUGUAGCUUGCAGCGACACUAGGCUGGUCAAAUUCGUAGUUAGAUUUCUUAAAUUUUUCUUUUGUUAACUUUUAAUAAAAUA